AUGGCUGAAUCCGCUUCUCCUCCUCACUCGCUGCCAUCUUCUCCCUCUCUUCCCGCCAGCCGUUCCUCCUCAUCGCGGCCCUCACUCUCCAUCGACCUCUCCAACAUUCCUCCGCUGUCGCAGCCUACGCCACCCUCAAACACUCUCCUGAUCACUGAUCUGAACGAUCUGAUCCUCUUCCAGCCAUCAUCUUUGGAAGCCAUUCGCAACCAAAUUACUGUCGUGGCCCGCCUGAACUCCUUCUCACCGCUCCCCUCAUUCCGGCGCAUCGUCUGCUCCUUCCAUUCCGUCGACGAUGCUGUCGCCGUCCGCAAACAGCUGGAGGGCACCAGGCUCCUGAACCGCAACGUGCGACCGCGGAUCUACUUCGGCGAGCCAACGCCCGUCCUCAGCGAGGAAGAGCUGCACCGGCCCAAACGCCACCUUGAGGCUCCCCAACUCGGCAAGCUCUUCUUCAUUUCCCCGCCACCCAGCCCUCCCCACGGCUGGACCAUGCGCAAUGAGGACCCGCCCAACAAGGAAGUCCACGCCAGUGACCUCGCCAACGCCCUGGCCAUGCUCAACACCAAUCAGUCCGAGCCCGCCCCCGUCGAUCCCGCCACGCCCGUGUCUAUUUCCUCCGAUAACCGCACCGGCAGCUGGCCGCUGGCGGGCUCGCAGCAGCGUUCCCGCAGCAGCACCGUUAUCUUCAACCCGGAAGACCACGGACACAGCCCCAACCUGCCUGCUGUAAUGGUGGAGGAUGUCAGCUUGGCGGGUGUUGAAGAUGAAGACGUUGAUAUGGACUCGGAUAUGAGCCCGAUUGAGAUGUCGUUGAACAAAAUGCCGCCCAAGACGGCGCGGCCUCCGGUUGAGCUGAUGGGUUAA